AUGGAGAAGACCAAUGCCAAAGACCAGUCUUCUCAGGGGGAUGAAGAGAAAGACCCUCCAAAGAGCCACCCUUACUCUGUGGAGACCCCAUAUGGCUUUCAUUUAGACCUGGACUUCCUCAAGUAUGUGGAUGACAUCGAGAAGGGAAACACCAUCAAAAGGAUUCCUAUCCACAGAAGGGCCAAGCAGGCCAAGUUUAGCACUUUGCCCCGAAACUUCAGCCUUCCCAACAGCGGGGCUCGCCCCCAGGCCGCUCUGCUCCACCAAAACUGGUCCCCAGGGGUGCCAAGGAAAGUGUCGCUUGUGGCACAGGAGCAAACCCAGUCACUGCUGCCUGGUACUGCCCCCCAGGCGGCAGCCAGCGGGAGCGAGCUGAGCUACCAUCGGAGGGCCGUGUUGGCAGAGGCCACCAGACAGCUGGAGGCUGCUGCUCCAGAGGACGCUGAGCUCGGCUCCGGAAGCGGACGGCCCCAGCUUCUGCGAGCGUCCAGCAUGCCAGCCACGCUGCAGCAAAGCAGGGCCUCCGAGGAGCCGAGCCUGAGCUCAGGUGCCCCCGCGCCUCCCACCUUCCCUCCACUUCGCGGCGAAGGCAGCGUCUGCGAUGGCGCCUUCGGCCCCGCAGAAGGAUUCGCAGGUUUUCACAGCUCCAGCCCACGAGCGUCCCCGCAGCCGAAAGCGCGAGAACUGGGAGAGCCGGUGCCGGGAACUCUGGAGCUGGUCCGGGAGGGAGCCGAGCCUCCGGAGGGUGGCGUGACGGCUCCCAACCACCUCUGCCUCCCAGCUCCUCCUUCCUCGUUCCCGAAUGCACUUGUAGGCCUGGAGGAUGCGGAAGACGAGCGCGAAGCCAGAGCAGCAGAGGUGGUGGUCUCCCCGGGCUCCCCCACGCCUAGCCCCCCGCCCCUGCCAUCGCCCAUCCCCGAGAGCGAGCUGCCCCUGGAAGAAAUCGAGCUCAACAUCAGCGAGAUCCCUCCCCCGCCGCCCGUGGAGGUGGACGUGAGAAGCGUCGGCGUCAGGGUCACCGAGGAGAGCCUGGGCCUGGCGGGGGCGGGUGCAGGCGGCGUCUCCAGCCUGAAGCAGCAGGUCUCUGCCCUCGAGGGCGAGUUGUCUGGAAGAACCGAGGAACUGGCGCAGGUCAGGGCUGCCCUCCAGCAACAGGAAGAGGAAGUGAAGGCCAGGGAGCAGAGGAUUCAAGAGCUGGAGCGCGCUGUAGCCCAACUGGAAGAAAAGCUUAGCCAAGAGACCGCCAAAGAUGCUCAGGGCCAGGCUGACGCCACGGUCAACACUGACCCUCUCCAUGGACUCUUGACCAGGGAGUCAUGUGACAAGAGCAUUGAGGUCAACCUUCUGGGCAUCACAGAAUCUGAAAGCUGGGGGGCCCAAGGAGGGGAGAAUGGUCUCCUAUGGGGGCAAGACAGUCACAAACAAGGGGAUCAGAGCCCAGCAGAACACGUGCUACCACCCCAGCUGUCACUGCUGCAGGGACCAGAGAAGGUCCUCUCCUCGUCUUUACAUAGCUGCCUCUCCACCGAGCUCAGGAUUGAAGAAGCAGGCACAGAGCAGGAGGAGGAAGGCCCUCAGGGAGGAGCCGAGGGCCUGGCCAGGGGAGCAGGAGGCUUUGCGUGGAGCAGUGACAGAAAGACUCCCCCAGCAGGGAGGCAGGAGCCCAGUUCAGAGCUCCCAGGGAAGGAGCACCCGGAAAGGCCACCAAGCUCACCAACAGAUGCCACCCUUGGGCAAUAUGUGAAGAAGAUCCAGGAGCUCCUGCAGGAACAGUGGAGCUGCCUGGAGCAUGGGUACCCGGAGCUGGCCAGCGCCAUCAGGCAGCCAGCCUCCAAGCUGAGCAGCAUCCAGAGCCAGCUGCUGAGCUCCCUCAACCUGCUGCUGUCUGCCUACUCGGCCCAGGCCCCCCAGCACAAGGAGCCCCCGGCCCCCUCCUCCUCUCCACCGAAGGAGAUCUCCCCGUCGACCAGCCUUAAAUCCAUAAUGAAAAAGAAAGACUAUGGCUUCCGUGCAGGAGGUAAUGGGACCAAAAAGAACCUUCAGUUUGUUGGGGUUAACGGUGGCUAUGAGACCACCUCGAGUGAGGAGACCAGCGGUGAGGACAGCUCCCCAGAAGACUUGUCUGACAGCGAAGCUGAGAAGAAAUGUGAUGGCCCAGAACACAGGUGGACCAAGGAUGCCCACCCCAGCUACGAGGCCGGGCAGGGUGUCCCCGAGGGCACGCAUCAUGCAGGCCAGGAAAGUGGGCCUGGGGAAGAAGUCCCCCACUCCAAGGCUGAGAGAUAUAAACCCUCAGAAGAAUUUCUUAAUGCAUGCCGGGCAUUGAACCAACAUCUGCCGGAAACUGGGACCACCACCGACCAGCUCUUGAGGCAAAGCUUGAACACCAUCAGUCAGGAGUGGUUCCGCAUCUCCAGCCGGAAGUCGUCUAGCCCUGCCGUGGUGGCUGCCUACCUGCACGGGGUCCAGCCUCACUCCCCACAUUUCCUGAAGCUGCUUGUCAACUUGGCUGAUCGCAACGGGAACACUGCCCUUCACUACAGUGUGUCCCACUCCAACUUCUCCAUCGCAAAGCUGCUGCUGGAGACAGGCGUCUGCAAUGUGGACCGUCAGAACAAAGCUGGCUACACUGCUGUGAUGAUCACUCCAUUGGCUUCUCCAGAGACCGAUGAAGACAUGGCUGUCGUCUGGAAGCUCUUAAGAGAAGGAAAUGUGAACAUCCAAGCUACUCAGGGAGGCCAGACUGCGCUGAUGCUGGGAGUCAGCCAUGACAGGGAGGACAUGGUUGAAGCGCUACUGAGCUGCCAGGCAGAUGUCAACCUGCAGGACCACGAUGGAUCCUCGGCCCUCAUGCUGGCCUGUCACCAUGGCAACACCGACAUGGUGCGGCUGCUCCUGGCACACCCAGCCUGCGACAGCAGCCUGACUGACAAGGCUGGCCGCACAGCUUUGUCCAUCGUUCUGAAAUCACCCACCCAUAUGGAAAUCGCAGGGCUUCUGUGGGCCCACGCGGAGCAGGGCAGGUCCCUGGGGCCAUAG